AAUCCCGCCAACAGCGUAUUCUCCCAUUGGUCGAGCAAUCUGUCGAUCAGGGGCGUGGCUCAAGCCACUGUCAUGUGACGGAUGUUUUUGUUGGGUCGUUUCCGCAUUCGGUGAGUGUGUUUUCUCCGUGUCAUGUGAACCCUGGAAACAGGGAAAGAAAACAAACAAAACCACCGGGGUUUCGUCUCACAGACCCGCUGAAACCGACCGCGUCCAGGAGACCUGUCCACCCACGACGGCCGCACCAGAGGCUCUUCCGGCCGGCUCUCUCUGAACGAAGCUCGGGUCCAGGCGGUCAGCGAUGGCGGACGAGGAGCGGUCACCGCUUCUGUCCGAGAGGCUCGACGGCACCAACGGCUUCCCUCCCGGCGAAUAUUCAGGGAGUCGUGUCUCGUUCCCCGGUCCUGUGGACCCUGGAGAACCUCCCCCUCCGUACUCUCCUCAGGGCAGCCCGGACAGCGGCAGCGCUCCGGUCAUCAGCUGCCGGGUCUGUCAGAGCACCAUAUCUGUGGAGGGCAAGACGCAUCAGCACGUGGUGAAGUGCAACAUCUGCAACGAGGCCACGCCGAUAAAGAACGCUCCUGUUGGGAAGAAAUACGUGCGCUGUCCUUGUAACUGUCUGCUGAUCUGUAAGGUCACGUCUCAGAAGAUCGCCUGUCCGCGGCCGUACUGCAAGCGCGUCAUCAACCUGGGACCGGUCCACAUCGGCAGCAACAGUCCAGAACCACAGCAUCGGCCCGUCGGCCUCAUGGUCAUGUGUGGACACUGUACCAGUACCUUCCUGUGGACAGGGAUCUCAGACCGGACCUUGGCCCGAUGUCCACACUGCAGAAAAGUCUCGUCGGUCGGCCGUCACUACCCGAGGAAGAGGAGCUGGUUGUGCUUCGUGCUGUUUGUCGUCGCUGUUGCUUCAACCAUCGGCCUUUUGGUCGGGACCUGGAAACCCGCCCAGGCCUUGAAGGGGAUCUACGUGUCGUGGGUCCUGCUGAUCCUGCUCACUCUGUUGGCCCUGACGAGAACCGUCUACUGGAGGUGUCUGAGGAUCAGCGUCCCCUUAUCAGUCAUCACGUAGAGGAACUGACAGCUCCACACAGCUGCUAGUUAGAAACGAUCAGAGAUGUUUUUUCUGCUGCGAGACUUUCUGUUUGUUGAUGAAGAAGCAGAUAUAUUACGGCCACUUAAAAAAAUUAAAUAAUCCUUAAUUAAAGGUGUUUUUUUUUCCCUCGGAGCUCUGAAAGCAUCUCUGUUCAUCUCAAACAACCUGAACAAACAUCUUCAAAACAACAGUCCAGGAAGUGCUUGAAUUUGUUGUUGUGUGUGCACGGGUUGUUAAAUCUAAGCAGUCAGUAACGUUUACUCUGUUAAAAUGUUUAAUCACAUUUUCAGACCAAUGAACGGCCUUUAUAGAUUAAAAUCAUCUGGUUUAAUCAUGAAUAAGAACAAGCAGGUGGAGGGGUAAGGGUUAAAGGUAAAAUAUUUAGUUUUUUCAGUCUGUGGGUGUUUUGGGAACAUGUUGAUUUAUGUUUUGUUUUUGUUAAAUAUUUGAAUCCCUUCAGUCUUUUCCCUCUCACUGUUUUAAUCUCCUGAAGCACAGAAAGACUCGUAUGAUUUCUAUAUAAAUCCUCUUUAUUAGAUGUAUAUAAUGAUCAUUUGUGUGUAAAUAUUCAGCUGGGUGUUAUUUCCUGUACAGAAUCAGAAUGAUUUCACUGCGUCCUACUGAAGUGUGUCUGUUUGUGUUUCUGGACUUUACUAUUGUCGAACAAAGUAAAACUUUUAAUCAAGAUCAAAGACUCAAAAUGGGUUUUUUGCAUCCUAAGAAGCAGAGUAUUUUAGGAUGAGUUCUAUUAAAUUCAAGGUUCUUUCUGUCACUGUUUUAGUUCAGGAUACAUUAGAGGGAGUUUCUGGUGCAGGGGCACCAGCCCCCCCACCCCAAAAGUUUGUUGCCCCCCAGUUUUAUCCUUUUUUGUACCCAGGUUUGUCUUUUUUCAGUUCCUUAGCUAUUUAGGUAUAAUAGAACCAAUAAAAACAAAAAACAAACA